UUUCGUGUGGCAGCCGCGAGCGCGGCACACUCGCGCCGCCACGGUCGUCAGGAGGAGCGGGGCGUUGAUUCGCGUUGAGCUUCUCGCCGCCGGAGAGCUCUAUACGAGGUCGGCGAAGGCCAGGCAAGUGCAGAUGUGGGCGUGCUUAGUGGCUUGAGAAAGGGAACUUCCUCUUUCACCUUAUCUUCCAAGACAUCAGAUUAUAUUGUAAUUUAUUCACCAUUACAAUUAUGAUAUUUGUACAACUGAAACACACGACGCAAAGAACACAGUCAUCACGAUGCUUAGAUAUAAUUUAUAACAUAUUUUGCUCGAAUUUAUGCCUCCGAUAGUGAACCGUUGUCCUUUAACUGCGGAAACAGGGAAGCAACCCCAAGCCGGCCAAGCAGGAUCCAAGAUGGCGGGCCUGAGCCUCCGCACCAGGUUCGGCUACGGCGUGGGCCACGUGCUCAACGACCUCUGCUCGGCCAUGUGGUUCACCUACCUGCUCAUCUACUUCCACCACGUGCUGCUUUUCAACAACUCGCUGGCGGGGGUCGUGCUGCUGAUUGGCCAGGUUGCAGAUGCCCUCUCGACGCCCUUUGUGGGGAAAGAAGCAGACCGCACGGAUGACCUGCCCUUCUGCACGCGCUACGGACGGAGGAAGUCGUGGCAUUUAACGGGUACAAUAUGCGUCCUGUGUGCCUUUCCGUUCAUCUUCCUGGGAUGUCUCGGGUGCAGCGGAGCCAGCGACUGGGCGCAGGUGAUCUACUACGCCCCGUUCGUGGUCAUCUUCCAGUUCGGUUGGGCGUCCACGCAGAUCAGCCACCUGGCGCUUAUCCCCAACAUCACGCAGGAUCCGAACGAUCGAACGGAGCUCAAUGCCAUCAGAUACGCAUUCACGGUGGCGUCAAACAUCACGGUGUACCUUGUGACAUGGUUAGUCCUGGGGCUUGAAUCCCAGGACUCUGAGGCAGGCAUUGGGCCAAGGGACAUCAACAAAUUCAGAUACAUAGUCUUCAUCGUUUUGGCUAUUGGUUGCCUGUUUGUCACCCUGUUCCACGUACUGGUGAAGGAGGACAACUUGCCUGAUUAUGACACUUGGCAGAGGGUGGCCAUAAACAAUGCAGAAGCCUCAGAAGUUUCUCAGGAUGAAGGAACAACUGUGGCAUCUUCAUCUGUCUGUGUCCCCAUUCACUGCCGGAUGACAGCCACGGAUUGGCUGAAGGAUAGACAGUUCUACCAAGUGGCUUUCCUGUACAUGGGGACAAGGCUUUUCUGCAACCUGACACAGGCUUACAUCCCCAUAUACCUGCAAGAUUCCCUGCACCUGUCUGAGGAAUCUGUGGCGUACAUCCCCCUUGUCAUGUACGUGUCCGGGUUCCUCACCACCACUAUACUCAAAGCACUCAAUAAGUUCAUUGGAAGAAAGGCGUCCUUCAUCCUGGGCACCCUCAUAGGUGGAGCAGCCUGCAUUGGCAUCUGGCUUGGAGAGGGUGAGAUCUACCGCAAGUACAUCCUGUAUGUGGUGACAGCCAUGUUAGGGGCAGGUGGCUCUAUCAUGCUGAUCACAUCCCUUUCCAUCACGGCAGACCUCAUUGGCCCAAAUAUUGAGUCAGGAGCUUUUGUCUAUGGGGCCAUGAGCUUCACAGACAAGCUCUCUAAUGGGAUAGCCGUCAUGUUAAUCCAGAACCUGAAUCCCUGCUCCACAAGCCCCAUUAGAGCAUGUUGUCCAUUGUGCUCUCAAUAUUACCGUGAUAUCCUCUUCUACUGCUGUGGCGGAGCUGCAAUCCUCGGCCUCCUGGCAGUCCUCACUCUCCUGCCUGCCAAAAUAGGUGAUCGCUCAAAAGGAAAUUUAGCCACGCCCACAGCCAACUCAAGCAAUAGAAACACAGAGGAAAACACCGAGGGGGAUGCACCUGUUUGCAUCAAAGCAGACAUGAGCACAGUAGCGUGUGUAGGGCCUGCAGUCAGUACAAUGGCUGCAGCCGGAGUUGGACCAGGAAUGGGUGUAUGUGGUGACAGCACUUCCUCAGCACAAGGUGAAGGUAAAAAGUCAGAAAAAACAUCAUCGAACACUAAGGAUGCACCCAUAAGUCCUGCUUGUGCCAAGGCAGAUGUUAGCACAAUAGCAUGUGUAGGGCCUGCCAUUAGUUUGAUGUCAGCUGUGGGGGUUGGGCCUGGCAUGAGUGUGUGUGGUGAUAAAGGGACUGCUGCGACAGGAGGUGGAGAAUACACAGCUGUUCCAAACUCAGUUGUGAGGGUUAGAGUGCGGACACACUCAGUAAGCAGUGAUGAAAGUGAUAAUGUCUCCAGAGCUUAAGAGAACUUACUUAGUAUGAAUAUGUUUGACACUGUGAUGAAUUUCAUAAUUGUACUUUUAAGAAUGUGAUCAAUAUCACAUGUGUAUAAAAUGAAAUGUAUUUUAACAUAUAUUUGUACUUCAGUCAUCCCCUGCUUAAUGUCUGCCACUGUUGAUUUGCACUUAUGUCUGGGCUUUCUAGCAAAAUCAUGUUCUAAGGCUUUCAGUUACAGUGCAUAUUGCACUAUUUGCACUACUACAGUCAUAACCAUGUCAUGAAACACUUCACCUGCUCAAAGGUUUCAAAGAUAGCAGUGAGGUGUUGAUUUGAGUUGCAUUCUUUAUCAAUAUGACAUGGUCUUUGCAAAAGGAUCUAACCCAGAGCAUAUCAGGAACUUUAAGUGGGGGAUUCCUGUAGUAGCACAUACCAAUGUGUUGUACAGGGAUACUGUAAUGGAUGGGAACAAAGUGUUCUACCUGUAUACCCAAGUAUCUUGUUUUUUGUGAGGAAGAUUUUUUAUCCUGUACAAGAGGCUAUGUAUAAAUGCUAUUAUAUUUGAUGAGAUAUAUUUUUAUAAUGAAAGUGUUUCAGGGUAUUUUAGGCACUUUACUUAUUGAUAAUGUUAUCUCACAGGCCAAUUAUUCCUUCUGUGCAGUAGUAGGACUUUGGACCAAUUGAUAUUAAAAUCCCAAAGGUUGAGAGUUAUAGUGGCAUUAUUUGGUAAUGAUUGACAUUGAUCAGUUAUUUGUAUUCAUAUUUUGCUCUGUGCUGCUGGGGGGGAGGCAGGAGAUGACUCACUUGUGAACUCUUGUUGUUGGGAUAAUAUUAAGGGUAUGGACUAGGCUGCCAGGAAAAGAAAUACAGUAGUCUCUCAUGAAGUUCUGAAAAUACUAGCCAGUUUUUAGAGACUGAAUUCUUUAUGAUAAUUUUGUUUCAGAAUAAAUUUAAAAGGACAGACUUUAAAAGUGUGAAAUAAUGUGUAUUUCAUAAUAUCUAGUAUAUCUAGCUUUACAGACAUCUGUACAGGUGUGGUUUUUACUCUUUGAGAGCCAUGGUCAGAUAUAUCUAAAUUAAGCUUUUUAUGGUACUAGCAUGUUAUUGGGCAUUGUGGAGAGAGGGCUUACGGUACGAGUCGCUUGGAAAGUUGAAUGCAGCUUUCAAAGAGUUAAGCUACAAGAAUUGAAAAGAAAUUGCUGACGAAUGGUAGAAGUUAGAUUUUUUUUUUUUUUU